UGAGAGACAAAAUCAAGUUGGAAUGGAUUUGUUGAGUGUCCUUUUGAAAUUCUGAGAUUUGCCUCGAUAUUAAAGGAUAAUCACGUGAAUAACACAUUCAAUUCCUUCAUAGAGAAUACACUACAUCUGAUUCAAGUCAAGUUGAGUGAUACUCCCGAUGUGAAGGAGAGAAUUUCGCUGGCAGAAAUGUUUCAAGCUUCAAAGGUGCCUGAUUUAUCCUUAGUGACUGAAUAUCCUGAGAAAGUGGGAUUUGAUGCUGUCGACUUGAUGGCAAUGGAGAUUUUGAUCGACCAGGGAGUUGAUGUGGAUUCCAUUGUUGAGGACUUCAAUAUUGCAGAGAUCAAUGUUGAUGCUUCGGAUUUUGAUUUCCUGGACAACUAUCAAGAGGUUGCAAUGUUUCCUGAUGCUUCGCCGCAACUUUCCCCGCCAGUGAAAUCUCCUGAGGAGCAGCAAAUCUGCGAACCUCUUUAUUUCACUAUUCCCGGGGAGGACAACGCAGAGGUGCCUGCUCAAGUUGCUGAGCCCGCAGCGACGACGACGGCUUCUGUCGAGGUCCCGAAGUUUGUGAUCUUGAAACCUCCGCUGCAAGUUGUGACGGAAUCUUCGGAGGACGAGCAGGAGAUCAAUUUGGGGACUGAUGCGGAAGAAAUGCCAAAGGCCGAGAUUACGAUUCCUGUAAUUCCCGCAACAGUGACAAAACCCAGAAUAAGAAAGCAGAUCUUCAAGAAGCAAGCACCAAAUUGCCAGGAACGUCCAAUGUUUACUCCAAUCGUGACGACGCCUAAGAAGAAAAGGAAGAAGUCUGCUGCUCAAGUGAAGAGGCAACUCUUCCCGGCUGACAUCAAGGGGGCUGCAGAGAAGGAGAACAUUCCUCCGGAGGAUUCGAGUCGCGGAGAGAUGCCAAGGCAGGAAGCGUCACCAAAUGUGUCUUCAAAAAUCACCAUUGCGACUCGCCGAAGUCUUCGUAUUAACAAUUUCAUCUCUCGCGAGAGCAACAAGGAGAUCUACUUCUCCUGUGACAUCUGCCCGAAGAUCUUCAAGGAGAAGAAGAUGAUUGAGAAGCACCGCAAGAAUCACGCCGCGAAGUCGCCGCAGUGAGUAGAAGUUUGCGAAAUACGUAUUUACGAAGUAUUUACGUCGUGCACUUGGUUGUGUUGAUUAUGAUUUGAUUAACGUGGAAUCAGCAGUUAAAGAAAUUUAGCAUUAUCAAGACAAAAUUUCUUAUGUUCAUACAUUUCUCAUACAUGAUGUAUUUUAAAUCUUAAAACACAGGUUUUUUAGAAUUAAAAUAAUUUCCUGUCAAAUUACCAUCGGAUAAGUUAAUAAUUUUCAGUAAUUAUCAAAGUGAAUUCUUAAACAUAGGUAAUAUUUUAAAAAUCUAGCAUUAUUUCGUGGUAAUUUCCGCCAGACGCCAAAAGAGUUGAAGAGAUUGAGUGGAUUAAUAGUUUUGUCACGUUAAAGACAUUAUUUUCACAUCAGAUAAAUCAAUUUAUAAGUGAGUGGAAUGCUAGAGUCGGCUAGAAGAAGCAAAAAGUUAAUUUACAAUGCAUUGAUUUAUUUGAUAUCUUUAUGUUAUGGUGUUUCCUCUUCGACAAAUUAAUUCAGUUGAACAAGUCAAUUAAAGGGCAGUUUGAAGCAAAUUUUAUUCUGACGUCAUUAAAAGAAGAUAUUUAAGUAUGAAGUGAUAGAAAUAA